ACGUUUGUUACGUUAGACAAGCCUGCGCGUGCUCGUGAUAAUCCUACGGCUGACAACGCUGAUUCAUACAUAUGUAGCGAGUUUUCGUGAUCCCUUUUGCGACUGCACGAACUUUGUAAAGCAACGUUGCGCCGUAAUUAAAGUAACGAAAAGUUUGUCGAGCAAAGGUUUAACACGAGCUGCACCGCAGUAACCGUCGAUUAACCCGCAUUGUCGCCACGCAUUUCGCUUGAAAAGUUUUGCACCGUUUAAAUUGAAAUUAGGAUACGAGGCUGCCUUCUUGCCUCGAGAAAUUGAAAAACAAUUGAGGCGAGGUGCGAUGCGUGAAACGAGACGAUCUAUUUUGGAAAGGGCGUUUCUGUAAAUAGCAUCGAAUUUCGGUUUCUUGUGAUCGGCCCCGCGUACGGAAUAAAAUUGACGGAUCGAAGUAUAAUGCAGGUCUGGCUCGACAUAUGAUCAAAUUAAAGCCAUGCGACGACAGUUCGUUUAGAAUAAUGCGAUACGCCGGUCAUGAACCUCAUCGAACGCAGCAACAAACGUCCUUUGAUGGUGGAGCGCGAGAUCGAAGCCGGUGAUACGAAGAAGAGUUACCCGAUAAACAACGAGAUCACCAGUGAAUCUGAUUCCAGUGCCGAAGUGCGAUCAUGUAAAACAGUGUAUAGGAACCGAUGCAAGAAACUCGUGGUAUCUGAUACUUCGUUCAACGUUCUUCCAUCUAUCGAUUCGACUAAAAAUGAUCGGGAACCGAUUGCUUCUAAAUGUUUCGCUGGUAAAAAGGACGACAAAGCUGAUUUGUCGUUCGUGGAGACCGACGUGGAGUCGCGAAAGGAAGGAACUUCGAUCAAGGCGAAGAAAAAGAAAAAACGGAGAUACUUGACAAUAUGCACGAGUAAUUGCAAAUACGACGCGGUGAGACGAGUGGCGGCUCGUUUCGGGAUGAAAGAAGUUACCGAGGAUAGCAGCUGGAACCUUUACUGGACGGACUUGAGCGUGAGCGUGGAACGAGCGAAAGAUAUGAAAAGAUAUCAGAAGGUCAAUCAUUUUCCAGGAAUGACAGAAAUCUGUAGAAAGGAUUUGCUUGCUCGUAACUUGAAUCGUAUGCUGAGGCUUUUUCCAAAGGAUUACAAUUUCUUCCCCAAGACAUGGUGUUUUCCCGCAGACCACGGAGAGGCAAUAGCCUAUGCUAAAUUGAGACGCUCCAAAACUUUCAUCAUCAAGCCUGACACAGGCUGUCAAGGGCGCGGCAUUUAUUUGACAAAAAACUUAAAAGAUGUUAAACCCAGCGAGCGAAUGAUCUGCCAGGUUUACGUGGCUAGGCCCUUCCUGGUGGACGGCUACAAAUUCGAUCUUCGUAUCUACGCGUUGCUCACCUCGUGCGAUCCCCUUAGGAUUUACGUCUACAACGACGGUCUUGCGAGGUUCGCCACGAGCAGAUACAAGGAACCAACCGGUCACAACACGUCCAACGUGUUUAUGCACCUAACGAAUUACGCUGUUAAUAAGCACAGCCGAAUGUAUGUAAUCGACGAUGAAAUUGGUAGCAAAAGGAAAAUAUCCACUCUGAACAAGUGGUUCAAGAUGAAAGACGUCGACGUGGAUGAACUAUGGCGUAAGAUCGAUGAGAUUAUUAUAAAAACGAUUUUGGCAGCACAUCCUGUUCUGAAGCACAGUUAUCACACGUGUUUUCCAACGCACGAUAAGACCUACGCGUGCUUCGAGCUACUGGGCUUUGAUGUGUUGCUCGAUUGGAAGUUGAAACCAUAUCUUUUGGAGGUAAAUCACUCGCCGAGUUUUCAUACGGACGCGCAAAUCGAUAAGGAUGUGAAGGAAGGUCUGCUGAUGAGUACGUUCGAAAUGUUAAAUUUACAGCAAUGCGACAAGAAGAAAAUUAUCGAAGAAGAUAGAAAGCGAGUUAGGGAUAGAUUGCUUCAGGGAAUAAACACAAAGGACGGCAGUACGAAUGAUUCGACGGUCGGCACAACGAAGCUCGACAAACCGGAGGAAGACCUGCAGAAGCAAUUUAAAUGGGAGGACGAGCAUAUGGGCAAUUUCCGCAGAAUCUAUCCGUGUUGCGACAGUGAAAGGUACGAGCCAUUCUUUAAACAAAGCAGUAUUUCCGUGUACCAAGAUACCGCGGCAUCCAGAGCUCGGGAAGAAGCGUCGAGGAUUCAAAAGGAGGAAAACGAGAUGAAGAUAAAGGAACAAGAAAGCAAGAAGAUUUCUGGCAAAUGGAGCGAUUCGAAAUUGCAUUCGGAGAGUCCGAACGUAACGCAGAAGUGUACAACGACGCACGAUCAGGAUAGGAACAAGUGCGCGAAUGUAUCGAGAAGGAAUUCUUCCCAUUCGAAUACAAAGAAGCAGGCAAUUUCGGCUACUAAUACUUCACACUCGUUCGAGCCAGAGAUCAUUUGCGAAUCCGAGGAAAGAGAACGCGUUACGGCAUUGGCUCAACGAGAUUUCCUGAUCAAAAGUUACGGAAUGUUGGAGCAAAUCUAUAUGGCAAUGAAGAAGAACGGCACGUUGCGAGCUAUCGACGAGAAGAAGUACGGAUUGUAUGGAAAACUCGGGUAUGCGGAUAAUACGAGCAAGAGCGCGUCUAUUUGUAGGCACAAGUGUCAUCUUCAUCAACAUUCUGGAAUGGAAACUAGAUACGAACAAUGGACGAGUCAGACGCCGCAAUUUUGCCUGAAAGCAAGUAAAGUAGAUAAUGUUCCAUGAAAUUAAUUACUUAUUAUUUGUAAGUUUAUAUAAAUAUGUUUUGUUUUUUUUCCAUAGGGUAAAGUGCCGGAUGAUAAUUUUCUAUUUACGAGUUUAAAAGAUAAGAAAUUAUUAUGUGCGAGGUGAGGUAUACGUUUGAGCGUGACGAGUACAAAGUACAAAAGCAGUUUCUUCGAAUUACAGAUUUCAAAGUAAUUUGUAACGAGGUGCCGGUUUAUAUUCGGCCGAGGAUACCGGAGAAAUUUUGGAUGGAUAAUCUAAAUUCGAACGAUCAAAGCUGUCGAAUAACGAAGGCCCACGUGGCCCGUACCUUAUCGAAUAUCGUGCGCCUUCAUACACUUGAAAAACGUGGAGAGUUCAACUCGUCGAAAUUUUAACAAGUAUACGUCGCGAUUCAUGAAUUCAAAAACACAAUGAGAUUAGAUAUAAAUUUGAAAACGUUUGUAUUUUACAAUUACUUUUUUAAGCAUUCUCUAACGAGUGAUUUGUUAAUAUCAAACUGUAUACUUCAUGUUAAAGGAAACAGAUUCCCCAUAUUUAAAAAUAAGUCCAAAGACUAAUACGUUAAACUAUGAAAAUAAAUUGUUAAUUUGAAUCACUUCAAAAAGAGGGAUUAUUGUAAACUUUAACUAUGUUUCGAUUAACGGAUGGCGUUUCGCAAGAUAUAUACAAGAAUAAUUUAAAAAUCAACAUAUAUGGAUUUGUUAUUUAAAGUGACAUAUAAAUAUGUACACACACACACACGCGCGCGAACAUACACACAUACACACACGCACAAUGAUUGAACAUAUACACGCUUCGGAAAUCGAAAUUUUCAUCGCACAUCUUGAUUGUGUAUCCUAAUAAUGACAUACGUAUAUACAUGUAACGUGCCUGCAAUAUGUAUAAUGAUGUUUAUCGUUGAUGCGACAUACAUACACGCUAUACACACAUGCAUCUGCGAUGUAUGCGUAUAUGUAUGUCAGCAUUCACAUGAUAAAAGAUAAUCUAUGAACAAUUUUGGCGUGUAUACCUUUCGAUCAUAAUAACACGUAGACAUUUCUUUUUCUAUUAAUGUGACACAUUGUUGUCUUGUUUCUGUAUGCCUUGCAUUGUUUCUUUUUUUAAUUUUUUCCGUUUUCAAUAGUUUUUCUUUUUUUUAUCAAUGGAACCACAGCUUUCAAUUAAAAAUCAACGAUCGAUUCGUCGCGGCACGUUUCUUGAACGCUUAUUCGAAAUACAGGAGCGUUAAGAUUAAUAAUGAAUGAAAAUUCAAUUACUAAUAUUAGAUAUUGAUCUUGUACAAAGUAAUAAUACAAUAAUCAUCAUAAUGGUACUUAGUUGAUAAUAGUCCAGAAUAACAGUAAUAAUAAUAAUAAUAAUAAUAAUAAUAAUAAUAAUAAUAAUAAUAAUAAUAAGGUGCUGCAUUCAAAUCGCGUGUUCAAACGCUCAGGUUUUCCUUAAAACUCAAAUAAUAAUAAUAAUCGAGUCCUUAAUUUAGAUGUAAAGUGAUUGUCUAGGGAAGGAAUAGGAACCAUUACCUUCCCCCUAUCGUUAUUAGAUGCAUCUCGGCAAAAAUAAAAAAUGACCCGAUGAACGCAUAUAACGCAUUCUUGGUUCGAUUUAACACGAUACAGAAGAUAUUUACAAAUCUGAUACAAUAAAUUGAUAGGUAUAGUCGUUAUACUCGCAUUUUAUGUCGCUUUCUUACUAUCGCUUACCUUCGAAAGAGUGUAAAUGACCUAUGUACAUAAAUGAAUACAUACAAAUUCGAUAAAAUUUUACAAAUGUUUAAAGAACAACGAAAGAUUCGAAUAUUUGGAUAGUUGUUUAAUAUCGUAUUACAUAGGCUGUGCCUAUUUUUGUGAAAUAUACAAAUCGCCACGCUUUGAGUGUUAUGAGAACGUCUCGGUUUUGAUGGUAAGAUAAAAGGCUGAAAAACAACGAGGUGACAGAAUUUGAAGGUAGUAUAAUGAGACAAACAUUCAGACACAUAAGAAAUGCAUUUGCUUUGAACAAAUUGUACAGGGAUUAAGCUAUUGUUAAACAUAAGUUAAAGAACUUUUUCUUCCCAUUUAGACAUAAGGUUUUUCGUUCUUAGGCGUGCGUCAUGUUCAGUGAUCGCAUAACGGUUUCGUUCGCAAACGAUACAACUUACGUAAAUUACCUCUGAAAAAUAGAGCAGCUACUAGUAGUUACUUAAAUUACGAUUCAUUCGUUUGUACUAGAAAACCAUUAUCUUUGAUCCUUCAAAUACCUAGCAUCGUUCUCGAUUACAUGCCCCUAUCCCCUCUUAAUCGUUACGUCAAAUAAUAUUUCUCUUCUCGUUAUUUGCUUAAUCCUCUGCAUUCCCAUAUAUAAUUUUUCGUAAUAGAGAAAAAAAAAAAGCAACGUUAACGCGCGAGAUCUUCAGCGUACCCUCCCCCCCUCCCACCCCUCGUCCCUCGUUCCGUCAUAACAUGACAAAAUAUAGGAUGAAGAUAUGUGAAGAUGGUAUUCUAUUCGUUGUAAUACUAAUAUGAGCAUUAUGUAGUUAUAGGAUCCUGUGUACAUUACUCAUGUAUAA